CUUGAUGGAUGACGUAUACAGGAAAUAUAGACAGAUUUUGAAGCAGACACAUUUUUGAGCUUUUAUUUCUCCUCUUUAAGCUAUUUUUACAAGUCGAAGUUAUGCAAACGUGGAGUCUCGUAUCACUUUGUGUGUUGCUCGGUGUUACUGUGAGAUGGGGCGUUUCGUUAAAUUCAUAUUCAGGGGCGGAGAAACCUCCCAUGUUUGGCGACUAUGAAGCUCAAAGGCACUGGCAAGAAGUGACCUACAACCUCCCUCUCAAAGAUUGGUACUUUAACACCACCGAGAAUGACUUGAACUACUGGGGUCUUGACUACCCUCCUCUGACUGCCUACCACAGCCUGAUCUGUGCUUUUGUAGCCAAGAAGAUAAACCCUGAAUGGGUGGAGCUCCACAAAUCCAGAGGUUAUGAAAGUGAAGCGCACAAGUUAUUUAUGAGAGCUACAGUCCUGGUGGCAGAUUUGCUGAUAUACAUUCCUGCUGUGGUUUUAUACUGUCUAUACCUGACUGAUGGAUCCUCUAAAAAAAAGGUUUCCACUGUGUUCUGCUUCCUUCUAUACCCAGGCCUAAUUCUUGUUGACUAUGGGCAUUUCCAGUACAAUGGAGUGAGUUUGGGCUUUGCCCUGUGGGGGGUUCUGGCUCUGGGUCUCGGCUGCGAUGCUUUGGGCUCCGUGGCCUUUUGCCUGGCUCUCAACUACAAACAGAUGGAGCUGUACCACGCUCUGCCCUUCUUCUGCUACCUGCUGGGGAAGAGUGUCAAACUGGGCCUGAUGGGGCGAGGGCUUUUCCUGUUGGUGAGAAUUGCUUCCACGGUGUUGGUGAUUUUUGCCCUCUGCUGGCUGCCCUUCCUGUCUGACCCCGGUCACGCCAUGCAGGUGGUCAGGAGGAUCUUUCCCGUGGCUCGUGGUCUGUUUGAGGAUAAGGUGGCCAACACAUGGUGCAGCUUGAACACCCUGAUAAAGAUCAGAUCCAUUCUGUCCAGUGACUCCCAGAUGUACCUCAGUUUUGCCUGCACUCUUCUGGCAGUCCUACCUUCCUGCAUCAGACUUCUGACAAAGCCCACCUUCUGGCAGUUUAAACUGGCUUUGGCUAAUUCCUCUCUGGCGUUUUUCCUCUUCUCCUAUCAAGUCCACGAAAAGUCCAUCCUCUUGGCUGCCUUGCCUGUCUGCGUCCUGCUGAAUGACCUGCCCUUGAUGGCUAUUUGGUUCCUCCAGGCCUCUACAUUCAGCAUGCUGCCUCUGUUUUUGAAGGACGGUCUGCUGGUGCCCUAUGUUGUGACUUCGCUGGGCUUCCUCUUCUUCAGCAUCUAUCUACUGUCUGCACUGGAGCACUGUUCAGAGGAAGAGCUGAGACUGGGAGCCUACCACAAGCUGUUAUUCUACCUACCCAAACUGGACCUGGCCUGGAUUGUAAAAUGGAAGUUCUACAUCAGCAUCGCAGUGAUGGCUGGUCUGAGCGUCGUGACUGUAGCGUUGGAGCCUCCACCACAUCUACCCGACUUGUUUCCUGUGUUGGUGUCUACUGCUGCUUUCCUGCACUUCUUUGGAACGUUUAUAUAUUUCAACAUUGUCCAGUUCAGCGAGCCACCGAUCAGAAAGAGCCAAAAGAAAACCAACUGAACGGUGCCAAAGGCAGUGAUAUAUAUACGGCAUAAUAUUUGUUUUAGCUAAUUGGUGUUUAAUGCUUCAAUGGAGCCAUUGUAACACCAUGGGGCAUGUUAAUGUGCCAUCUUGUCCCCUGUGUAAAUAGCUGUAGAACUGCAACGAUUAUUCGGUCAAACAAAACUUUAAAAAAGUCAUUAUACUACAAACUCAGAGGAGCUGUGACAUCAAGUGAAAGGAGAGGGUUGUUAUACUUUUCCAGUUUGGACCAAAUAAAUUCACUAAUCAGUCCCCCCUCUGUUACCAAAACCCAUUUUCUUUAAUUAUCUUUUCUUGGACCACUGAUCCUUAAACUACACUAUUGCUGGCUAAUCACAAAAGUACAAAUAGACGAGCAGCGCACAGCCUACACAUUUGACUUUACAUAGCUCUGUGCCACAAUAAUAGGAACACCUAUUGUAAUGUUCAGUUAGUGUUAAGACCAGGGAGAGGUGUUGGUUUAAUGUUGUGGUAACUCUUAAAGCCAUAAUUGGUGGUGGUGCUAGACUUAAUGAUAUUGUAAGGUGUCCCUAUUAUUGUGUCCACCCUCAGUACCUCCUUUGGGUAUUGUGAUUCAAACACAUACCUGAGGAGACUGGACUCUAGCAGUAACUGUUAAACAUUAUUCAUGUGAACUUUUUACGGUUUUCUACUGUAUAUUUUCAUCCACCACUGAAGAUCUUUUUGUACAAACUUCGUUUUUGUGAAAAUAAAUAAAGUUUCUCAAUGACCUAAAGUGAA